GUCCUUCCGGCGGGGCUUCUUCCUCAUUGGCUGGCCGAGGACUUGCGUGAGGGCUCGGCCGCGCAGCACUCCCGCGGCCGAUCCAGCCGCCGGCCCAAGCCCUGGCCUCGUCUUUUUGGCUCGGGCUCUCUAUGGUGCUGGCGACAUGUGGCGCCUGUCGGGACUCCUGGGCCGAGCUCUUCCCCGGCUGCUGGGACCUGACUUCCGGGUGGUGACCCCCAAGCCCACCAGCCCAGAUGGGCCUCAGACAACCUCCUCCUCCUUGCUGGUCUCUGUGCCCGGCACUGACAGGUCAGGUCCUCAUGGCCCAAGUACAAGCAGGGGCCCAAAGUCCCACGGGUGGAAGGAUGCCUUCCAGUGGAUGUCUGCUCGUGUCUCCCCACACACCUUAUGGGAUGCCGUCUCAUGGGGUACGCUGGCCGUGCUGGCCCUGCAGGUGGCAAGACAGAUCCACUUCCAGGCGUUGCUGCCCACGGGGCCUCGGCAAGCAGAACGCUGCUCUUGGCGCAGUCCCCUGGACCGUUUCCUUUCGUCUCCCUGGUGGCACCCACAUUCCUCACUGCGGGAGUUUGUUCUCCCAGGCCCUGAAGGCCCAGCCCCCAGGCACAACCUCAGGCAACCCAGGCUGGGCCAGGAAGUUCCCUCAGCUCAGCCCAGGAGCUUCUCACACAGCUCCUUGAGAACAGCUAGUCCACAGGAGCCCCCUGACGAAGGUGCCAGUAAUUUUGAAUUUCUGGAUGCCAGCAGUAGCUUUGAGUCCAGAGCAAAGCCGGUCCAGCCUCAGCACCCUGGUGAAAAGAAGGAGCAAGAUAAGUCAGAAACUCUUUCCCUUGAGGAGGCCGUGACUUCCAUUCAGCAGCUCUUCCAGCUCAGUGUUUCCAUUGCUUUCAACUUCCUAGGUACCUGGGGGACCCUGCCUGAAGGCAAGGGGAUGAGAAAGGAGCAGAGGAUGUGGGGGACAGAGACCAUGAGGAAUGGGGACUGUGUGGCAGCUUUUUCUUACUUCCAGAAAGGUGCAGACCGUGGCUACAGUAAGGCACAAUACAACCUGGGCUUGUGUCACGAGCAUGGCAGAGGCACCCACAGGAACCUCAGCAAGGCAAUCUUUUAUUACCAGUUGGCUGCCAGCCAGGGCCACAGCCUCGCUCAGUACCGCUAUGCCAGGUGUCUGCUGCAAGCCCCAGUCUCCUUGGGGGACCCCGAGCAACAGAGAGCAGUGUCCACGCUGAAGCAGGCCGCAGACUCGGGCUUGAGAGAGGCCCAAGCCUUCCUCGGGGUGCUUUUCACCAAGGAGCCACACCUGGAUGAGCAGAGAGCAGUGAAGUAUCUUUGGCUUGCAGCCAGCAAUGGGGACUCACAGAGCAGAUACCAUUUGGGAAUUUGCUAUGAGAAGGGCCUUGGUGUACAGAGGAAUCUGGGAGAGGCCAUGAGGUGUUACCAGCAGGCAGCAGCUCUGGGAAAUGAGCCUGCCCAGGAGAGGCUGCGGACCCUCUUUUCCACUGGGGCAGCAGCCCCCAGGCCCAGCCACCUGGCAGCUACAGGAUUGAAAUCUUUCUCCAGCCCCUCCCUCUGUAGCCUGAACUCCCUGUUGGCUGGCACCUCAGGCCUCCCUCAUGCAUCAAGCACUGGGAACCUCGGCCUCCUCUGCAGAAGCCGGCAUCUCGGGGUUAGCCUGGGAGCCCCCAGCAGCGCUAUACCCACCUUGGAAAGAAGUCUUGUAAGACUGGGUUUUGGCUGAGACCUCGCCUCAGCCCUAAUGAUGAGCCUUUGGGUUCUCAGCAUAUCACAACUUGAAUCCCAAAGAAGCCAGUUAUCCACCCGCUGUGCCAAAAAUAUUUAGUACCUCCCCACCACCAUAAAGAGGAGGGGGUUUCUGCAGAUCUGGUUCUGGUCCCACCGCUUGCCUGGCCACAUCACCUUGCAGCAGUGACCUGAUUCACUAACAGCAUUCCUCAGUUGUAGACCAAGGGCGGUGGUGUAUGUCCUCCUUUACAAGACUGACACUGGGCAUUUCAUGGCAGAAAGGACCUCUGUGCUUGCUUAGGCCCCUGGAAGCAGAGUGAUGUCGGAGAUCUUGUGGCUUCAUGAGACUCCAGGCCAUCAUGAGGACCUAGGACUCCUGCCUCCUGGCCCAGGCUUCUGUUCGACAGCUCCCACUGUCAUUUUAUGUGAAAGCAUCAAUAUUCUGCCGAUAUGAGGGAGGAAAUGGAGUUUGGGCACCUGGAGUCUUGGAGCCGGUGAGUGUAGAUUGUGAGUCCUCAUUUGGGAAAGGUGAGCCAGACAUCCACGGGCAUUUAAUAAAACAGAUAGUGGAUUAUCUCGCCACUCUUGCCCUUGAGUGUGUUGAUGAGAGCCAGGCAGGCGAGCAGGGGGAGCUGAACGGCAAGGCUCCAUCCUCAUCUCUACACUCUCCAUUGACCAAUUUAAAGGGUCUUAAAAGCUUCUCCAGGAGAGAGACUUCGGAAAAAAAUGAUUUCUGAGUCAGUGCUAAUGACUCCAAUUACUGAAUUUGUGAAUAGCUGUUCCCUGGCUUCUGGAUGUUAGCCCAAGUUCAAUAGCGUAGCUGUGGUUGAGGGGAGAGGAGGGAGCGACAGAGGACCAGCCCCUUGGUGACUGAGUGGAAGCAGCAGCCAGCUUGGCCAGUACAGAGUGGGAGGACUUGGGAGGUUGUUGUCCCCUUCCCUCUGCCCCCAGCUCUGCCUGUCCCAGUGCUGUAAGAGGUGCUUUCUACACUCUCCUAGCACCUUCCUCACACUGGGGCCCAGGGCCUCCCUGCCUUCUUCCCAGGGCUGCCCUGCACACUGUCCUCGCCCUCGCCAUGCUCUCAUGCAGCCACCAGUGGUGCUCUUUGUACCAGGACCCCGUCUUACUCCAGGAUGUCGGCACCUAGUGCAGUGUCCUGUGCACUGCAGGGGCUUGGUGCUGUUUUACGCCACGCAGUGCACUAAUCUCUCAGCCAAAGAAAAAAAUGUUUUCUGUGGUCAGAUAAGUUUGGGAAACACCGUACUAGACAUCCUCCUUUUAUAGAUUCACAGUGCAUGUCAACAUUUUCCAGACUCCAAGAAGUUCUGCAGUAAGAACAUGAUUAACCCAGCGUGUUCCUCACUGGUCUGAGACAGAGUCUGUCUUCCUGGGCACACUCAGAAACAUCCACUUCCUGUCUAGGUGGUGCCACACUUAGCAGUCGCCUCACCGCCUGGGCAUUGUGGGCUCUGAUUCCUGCUUCCACACACACUCCAGACCCUGGACCAGAGUCCUGUGCUGAUGGCCCUGUGCAAUUCCUUCCUGCUUAGCCGCGGCUGGAUUGAACAUGGCCUCAUUCUGGGGAGCCUCAGGUAGAACGGAAUAUUUCUAAGCAAUCCAGGCUAAGGAAGAAGAGCCUCUCCCUGUGGAGAGCGAAGGGUGGAAGUUGAAAAGAUGUUCUCAGGGCCAGAACCCCAUGGCUGUACAGUCAUUGUGGUCUUGAUUCAGCCGCAGGGAACUGGCUUGUGGGCAGACCAGGGCACUGCUGUGCUUCUGCCAUUAAAAUUCUUUUAUUAAUAUCUUGUCAUCAGUGCCCUGAGGGGAGAUGUGGGAGGAGGACAGGAGGUGGCCCUACAUCAGGCUAGCCUAACUCAGGAUUCUGGUGGACCUAAGGAACAAGGCCUGGGCCUUUAUCCCUGCGACCUU